CUUACUUCAGGGGGUAAAAGGUGACUAAACCAGAUAAAACCCGCAGGUCGAGGAAUCCAAUCGUGUGAACGAAGUGGGGAGUAGGCACUGUCUGUCAUGGACAUGGGUGCAGCAAGUGCCUACCUCUCACCGUCACGGUGGUCGCUCCCUCUAAUUCCGCCGCCGUCGCCGUCGCCGCAAGAAUCCAUACCUUUCUCAAGAGUAUCCUGUUGCUCUUCUCGGCUCUCUUCUUCCGCUGUCACUUCUGGCAGUGGCAGCACCAAAACAGCGACCUUAUCCGCAAUUCAGAGCUCUGGCAUCAUUGCCUGCCUUCGCUCCUGCAGUUCGGAGAUUGCAUUCGAAGCUGCUUCUGCUGCACUGGACGGCGGCAUCUCAGUUCUGGAGAUUACGAUGUCAACCCCAGGUGUGUUUCAGGUUUUGAAACGCUUGGUUGAGGCAUACCCGGCAGCAUUCUUAGGGGUUGGCACAGUUUUGAGAGCUGCGGAUGCCAUAAACGCAAUGAAUGCUGGAGCCAGAUUCCUCAUGAGCCCUGCUACUGUGAAGGAUGUUAUGAAUGUUGUUCAAGGUACUGAAGUUCUUUACAUACCUGGUGUAAUGACACCAACAGAAAUAUUGUGUGCAUACAAUGGCGGUGCUAGUAUUGUCAAGGUAUAUCCUGUUUCUGCAUUGGGUGGAGUCCAGUACAUUGCAGCCCUCAAGAAGCCUUUCUCCCAUAUACCAAUGGUUGCUUCUCAAGGAAUAACAACAGAUUCUUUAAGGGACUAUAUAACCGCUGGAGCUUCAGCAGUCGUUCUGUCAGAUGCCAUAUUCAGUAAAGAGGCAAUGCUGCGGAGAGAUUUCAGCAAAAUACAUCAACUAGCACUUCAUGCUUCUUCGCAGGGGAAAGAAGCUGUGCACGGGUAAAAAUGCGUUUUACUUGAACAGUGAAGAUUCUAUGCGAGGCAAAUUUUUGAGUUUUCUGGUUUGGUGAUAUCAAGUAUAUUCGUAGUACUACUACAAUGCUGCUACCGCAGCCAUGGUCAGUACCUUCAAAUGCAAGCUAACUCCUAAUUUUCGAAGUAGGCCCCUCUUGACACUGAGAAUACGAUACCGGUUAUAAAGCGAGCAGAACACUUUGAACGCCAUCAAAACCAAGAUCAUUACUGCAGUCAAAAGCGUCGGUGACUGCCAAGAAGUAGCAAACACAUAUUUCCCCAUAAAUCUCCCAAUCCUCACCUUCCAUCGUCCAUUGUAAUACAAGUUCACCUCUGCAAUGACCUCAUCCAGAAAAGCCACUCUGGUCAGGCUAAUCGAAUUGCUCGUCCCGUUCCACAAAUCUGCCGCACCAUGGGUCACUCCUCAAGUGAUUCAAAACCACAUUACGACACCCAUCAUCCUCAACAGCCUCACUUCCUUCCGAGUGUCAUUGAUCCCAUUCAUCAGCUCCGUGUAUCGUGUGAAAACCGGCGGCCCUUCGUGAGUAAUGUCAUUCAAAUAUUACAUCUCAUUAAUUAAAAAUUUAUUUUUCUGUUGGAGAUGAGAAAACCAAAGAUUGUAAAAUUGUAUUAGAUAUUGUACUGAAAAAUCAAUGAUAUGUUAUUUUAUUAUUAUUAAAUCAUUAUUUAAUCGGAGUUGAACUAGUUUAUAUUGUCAAAAAGUAAAGAAAUCAUUGAAUGCGAAAGGCCCGUCGUCGUAGUUGACCUUGUAAAGGCAAUGGUCGGAGCCGGCAGUAGGAAACCUCUAGGGUGUCGCACUCAUGGUCAUUGCAGGAGAAUGGGGAUUAGGAGGAAGAAGUGGACAAGUUGAAGAUCAAGUCAGUUUGAUGGUAGCAAUUGUCGUAGGAGUGCGGAUAUGGUGACUAAGUCUCUCCUAACCGUUAGAUCUCGACACACAAAUUUUAUAGUUAAAAAAUUGGAGCGAUAUUUGAUAAGUUUUUUUCUUACAAUGAUUUUUUAUAAGUGAUGGGAUAGUUUUGGUAUUAUGAAAAAUUAAUUUUUAUUUCUAUUUUUAUAUAUUUUUUUCCCUCUUCCACUAUCACUUUUCAGCAGUCAGCCCCUUCCUUUUUUAUUUAUUUAUCUACCGUCUUUUUGGCCGGUUAAUUUGAGGUCUAGAUAGUGUUUUCUUACUUAGGGUAUGUCGUACUCGAGAUUUUACCCAAGGUACGAUAGAAGCCGCCAUAUAUAUAGUACGAUACCCUAACCCUUGAUGAGUGAACCCUAGAUCUUAGUUUUCUAAAUCAUAGAGCAUAACCCCUAAGAUUGUGCAUGUAAUUUGUUUCAUAUAUUUUGAUGAAUCAUAACCGUCAAUUUUAGUUUCUAAUUAAAUUGAUUUUAGUGUAUGAGAUUUAUAGAAUUAAGACCUUAAUUUUAAUCUUUAAAGGUUUAGGAAUAAUACAAGAUGCCAAAUUCCGGUCAAUUCGAAGUCAAGAUAGCGUUUUUUCACUCAGGGUAUGUCGUACCUUUGAUUUACCCAAGGUCCGAUAGAACCAUCCACAUAUAUAUAUAAUAUUACAAAUAAUAAUGGUACAAAAUACCACUACUUGCAAUAUAAACCGAUACAUUUUUUAUUACAAACCAAUAAAUACAAAGUAUACAAAUCAUAACAUAAAAGUAUACAAAAUUG